CUUUGCUCUCAAGUUUAACCUCACUUUCUUAACUACUCAUUCUUUCACUGAACUUUUAGAACAAUCUCAAAAAAAUGCAAAUUCUCAACUCCUCCAUUAUCACUACAAUUUCAUCUUACCCAAAAUAUAAAUUUGGGAUUAUAAUAAUUCUAACACUCUUUUUAUGACACCCAUUUUUCAUCAAAUUAACACAAAAAUAGCAGAAAUUAACCAGCAUUUACACUCAAAAAUUAAAUUAGUUUACCACCGAAGUGUCACACAAAGUAGACGCUCCAAGUAUUAAAUUCUCUCUCCUUUUUCACAUUCCCAUCAAAACCAACAAUACCCACUUCAAAUUUCAUCAAAUCCUUCAAUUUUAGCAAUUACCCACACAAAUCCACAUAAUUUGAGCUAUGUUACUGAGAAAAGUACAGAUACUCUGUUUUCUGGGUGUUUUAGUUGAGUUGGGAUUUUGUCAAAAUUUUACCAGAAGUUUUGCAAGAGAUUAUAAUUAUAUAACAUGGGAUGAUAUUAAGGUUGAUGAUUAUAAAUAUUUGGUGUCAAACAGUGAGAUUAAAGAUAAGCUAAAUUGGAAUAAUAGUGGGGUAAUUGUGGUUGAUCAAAGUGGAAAAACAGGGGAUUCAAUUACUGUUCAAGGUGCUGUUGAUUUGAUUCCUUCUGGGAAUUCUCAGAGAAUUAGGAUUCUAAUUCUUCCUGAAAUUUACAGGGAAAGGGUAGUUGUACCAAGCUCCAAGCCUUACAUUUCCUUCAUUGGGACAGAAAACCAGACUUCUAAUACAGUAAUUACUUGGAAUAACAAAGCUUCUGAUAGAAAUAGUAAUGGUGCUGAACUUGGAACUUUUGGUUCAGCUACCAUCAGCAUAUUCUCUGAUUAUUUUUGUGCAUCUGAGAUUACUUUUGAGAAUACAGUAGUGGCAAUACCAGGAGGAUUGGGGAUGCAAGCAGUGGCACUGAGAGUAUCAGCUGAAAGGGCAAUGUUCUACAAAGUCAAUAUCCUUGGUGCUCAAGAUACUCUCUUAGAUGACACAGGAUCACACUACUUUUACCACUGCCUCAUCCAAGGAUCAGUCGAUUUCAUAUUUGGCAAUGCAAGAUCAUUAUAUCAGAAUUCAGUUCUUCAUUCAAUAGCCAAUCGAUCAGGAGCAAUUGCAGCACAUCAUCGAAAUACACCUGAAGAAAAUACCGGGUUUUCAUUCUUAAACUGUACAAUCAAUGGAAGCGGAUUGAUUUACCUGGGAAGAGCCUGGGGGCCAUACUCAAGAGCAAUAUAUUCAUACUGUGACAUUGAUGAUAUUAUUGCACCAGAAGGGUGGAGUGACUGGGGUGACCCAGAAAGGCAGAAGUAUGUAUACUGAACUACGGCUAAAACUUGCAUGAUAUAUGAACAAAGAUACGAAAAGUUUAACUAUACUGAUACAAAUAAUUCUGGUUUUGGCGUUAUGUUUUUUAGGACGGCAUUGUUUGGUGAA